AUGACACCAAAGAUGCCCUCUGGACAUCGCCAGCACAUCAUUGUAGGGCUUGUUCUGUUGGUGUGUUUCUCUGCUGUAUUCUUCAUAUACUACAAACCAGCCAUCAGCUGGCUGCCAUGUUCUAGAUCAGAGCCCACACCAGACACCUGCAAAGACGCAUGCCUUAAAGUUCUUAAAGGUGAGAAGGCUGCUCAGGUUGGAAAAGACAACACACACAAUGUCAAAGACAUGGUGGUUUUAAUCUGGUCAUGGCCUUUUGGUUUCCAAUUCAAUCUGGAAUCCUGUGGUUCAGAGUUUGGCAUCACAGGUUGUCAUCUAACAGCUGACAGAAAUCAGCUGAAUAAAGCACAUGGGGUCAUGUUUCAUCUUAGAGACAUCGGUGGUGAAUUGUCAUACCUGUUGACGUUGUCACGACCUCCACUACAGAAAUGGGUCUGGAUGAACAUGGAGUCUCCAGCCAAUUCACCACAGUUGCCUGGUGCAGAUGAUCUAUUCAAUCUGACAUCAAACUAUCGAAGAGACUCAGAUAUCUGGGUGCCUUACGGACAACUCGUAGAAGCGUCUGAAGAAGACAAGGCUUUUCAAAUACCAAUGAAGGAUAAACUGGUCUGCUGGAUAGUCAGUAACUGGAACAACAAUUACCAGCGAGUAAAUUACUUUAAUGAACUGAGCAAAUAUAUUAACAUUGAGGCAUAUGGGCGACACUUUGGUAAGUAUAUUAACGAUGAAGAUUAUGUUAAAAUUAUGUCCAGCUGUAAAUUCUACUUAGCCUUUGAGAACUCAAUCUAUAAAGACUACAUGUCAGAUAAGCUGUAUCAUCCAAUGAGAUAUGGCACGGUACCUGUGGUUCUUGGCCCACCCAGAGAGAACUAUGAGGAAUUUGUACCUGGGAAUUCCUUCAUCCAUGUGGAUGAUUUCGGAUCCCCUCAAGAACUGGCAGAUCAUCUCAAAUUACUGGACCAGAACCAGGAGAUGUAUGAACAAUACUUCACCUGGAGAAAAUAUUUCACUGUCAAGGGCUCUGUGUUUGGUCUGGAGCACGCUUGUCGUAUUUGUGAGCAUUUAAAAAAGAACAAGAACUUCAGAGUAUUUAAGAAUAUUAACAAAUGGUAUUGGGGUUAG